AUGAAUCCUUCUGGGAAUUCUGCCAGUCCAAUAUCCUCUCUUAGGCCUCAGUCUGCUGUUACUCAGCGCCCUCCUUCGAGUAUCUCUCAUUAUACGAAUCAGUAUGGCUCAAGUGCAAGUGUGGUUUCGCUGGCUCGUCCUACGUCUAGUGCUUCAAUAAGGCCAACUUCACGCGCUUCAUAUCGCCCAAAAUCCCGCCAGCAAAAGCUUACCGUGGCCAAACUUCUACCAUUCUGUCAGGAUGUUGUCCGAAAGGUGUUGAUUCAGCCCGAGGAAGAGAACGACGAAUACGAGACAAAGUAUCAUGAAAUGGUGGAUUGGUCAAUAAAGCAACUUGGAAUGGAAGGUUCGACUAAAGCAGCUUUAGUACUGGACAUGGAAAGCAUAAAUAAGAUGGUUCGUGGACAUAUUGAGAAAGCGCGUGUCAAAUCUCAGGACACGCUUGCUAACGCGUUGGAAAGAUGCUAUGGUCAGCUCAACGAACAAUCUAAAGGUGAACACGACUUGGAUGAUGAGAUUAAGGCAAAAAUCUCGCCUACCUACUCAUAUACACUUGCGAUGUCAUCUCCUCCUCAACCCAGUACUUCAACUCACGCGGCACUCUAUUUGGAUGCCCUUGAUAACCCACCUCCCCCCGCUGAGAGUGAACAAUUGACGUGGAAGAAGAUUCUCGAAGAGGAUCCCUACGAGGGAGAUCACUGGGUCGGCGUCCCUGGUGGAAUCCCUCUGCGUCGUAAACAUAGACCCUCUGCUUAUACUUCUGAAGACGAUGGUGACAAGUCCCCGGACGACUUGGAUAUUUCACCUUCAUUGUCGCCAUUAAACUCGGACGACCUUUCUCUCGACGACACUGAUUCCGAGUACGAAGCCUUCCCACUUCCGGAUAAAUCUCCAAAUACUGUCGGACUAGUAACACCCGUAACCAACGCCAGUUACAAGCCCCUGUAUGCUACUCAUGCGUACAGACGAGAACUUGAGGAUUUGAAAUUCAGGCAAUACUGGCAGCCGGAUUGGCGGAUGAAUUCAGAGGCUGACCUGCAACGAAGGGGAACUUUCGAUAUUGGUGAUGCUUCAACUCUAGGACCUACCCUUCAACGUGUAUUGCCUCAAGAUGCUUCCUUGGAGCAACUGCCCCUCGAGUUGAUUAUGUCAGUUGAGAGACAUAUACUUGAGCAAGAUGUUGUUCGCGAGGUUCUCAUUGCUCUGCAGGGGAGACAAAACAUCAUAUACGAUCAACAGUUCAGAGUCACUAAAAGCACCCCAAAACUCCUUCAUUUUUCUCUUGCUUCACAGCAAUCUCUUCUUAACAAUAUCGGCGCUUCUUGCAGGACACUUCAACGUCUUCGCCAAUUCACAUCUUCGGUCAUGCGCCAUUCGUCUGACGCCCGGUCAAAUGGAAGACAGACGUUGAGCGCUUUAGAUAGGAUAAGGGCCACUCGCGUUGGUAAGAUUACGCGCACGCUUGAAGCGUUUGCAGAUGCCAUCGACACGGAGAUCAGGAUGUUAGAAGUAUGGUGCUCGGAUAAAGAGGAAGCCUGGCUUCGAGCUUUGGGCGGGCUGACUCCUUUUCUCGAAUUUGGCAAACCAAACAAGGGUCUAGUUGUAAGCCUAUUAGGGACGGAGAAAGCGUUCAGAGAUCAAUUUGAGGAUAGUUUCAAUGUCAUGUUGGACGUUGUCAUCCAAAUUGUAGGAGAGCCCGAGUCCGAAGGAUGGGCUUUACCAACUCGAUCUCCCUCAUUAACCACGACCCUGCUUCUUGAUACACUCUUCUCCACAGUCCAACAACGAUUAGAGCGAGGCGACAAAAUCACGGCAGACACGCUGAUGAGAGUUUGUGUACGUAGUGCUGAGCCGGUGUGGAAUAUGAUUGGAAAGUGGAUCGGAACUGGCUUUGAUAUGAACAGAGGACACGACCAAGGCCAAUAUCAGGUCGGAGGUGAGCUGGAAGAGGAAUUCUUCAUCGAAUCAAAUGGCCUUGGGAUAGAGCUUGGUGUUCUUGGACUUUUGGAUCCUGAUUUUUGGCAGGACGGGUAUUGUCUCAGAGACGGCGCGUUUCUCGGAUCUACGUCUACGUCUCAAGAGAAUGAAGAGCCAACUUCUACUCAGACGCAGAGGUGCAUACCUAGUUUUCUGCAACACGUGGCCGUACCUGUUUUGGAGUCCGGUAAAGCUAUCGGGCUGCUGAAAGCGUUGGGUGCGGAUGUGCAGGACCUGAUUGACGAGGAGGCGCAAUUUCUUCGCGAUUGGCAAUGGACCUCUUUUCAGAAUGUGGUGGCUGGCGAUCCUACUUCGUCUUCGCAAAACGACACUGAUGGUCGCGCGCUCUUUUCCGUUUCUGUCGAUCAACUAUCCCGACUCAUUUACGACAAACUCACGCCUUAUGCUCAGGCAGCUGGAUCACUACUAGCCAAAGUGAUUUUCGAGAAAUGUGACUUUUGGUCGCAUCUGAGGUCUAUUGAAAGUCUAUACAUGAUGCGAAGAGGCGAUAUAAUCAGUGAUUUUACUGAUAUUUUGUUUGCAAAGAUGUAUUCAAAACAAGACUGGACUGAUUUCCAUUUCCUCAACACCGCCUUCACCGAGGUGAUCACUGCCAGUAACAGCGUUAGUAAUUUCGAAGAAUUCAUCGAGACUUCUCUCAUUCGGUUAUCAUAUCGAGGAGGGAACAUGAAAGAGAAACUUACCUCUCGAACGGUCAAAGUUAUGGAUGGAUUAUCCUUGGAAUACGCGGUUCCUUUUCCUCUGACAUAUAUUUUCACGCCGAUAAAUUUGCAAAUCUACAAUGAAAUUUUCGUGUUUCUGCUACGGAUUCGCAGAGCAAAGAGCUUAUUGGAAAAGAUCUUGGUUAGAGGUGCAUCUGGGAGUAACCCUGGGUUAAAGGCUUUCUAUGCGAUGCGGAGUCGUUUGAGCUGGUUUGUCAACACUUUCCUCAACUUUCUCACUACUUACGUCAUUCAAACACAAGCAUUGAGCUUCCACAAUGCAUUAAUUGAGGCUCAAUCACAAUCUUUUGAUCAGGUUAUCAAAGUUCACGAAGAUCAUGUGCGGAAGAUGGAGAGUCGAUGUCUCCUUCAGGCCAAGACAAACGCACUAUAUCGAGCGGUACUGUCAAUCCUUGACAUGACACUCAACUUCAACGAGCUUUUUGGUACUUUCGCUGGAGAUGUGACAAUGCACGAUAUUUCUAGCCACUCCGUAGUGCUCAAGCACCACCGUAGCCGCAAACAGCGACGCCGACGUAAAAAUGUUAUUGGUUUCUCGUAUACAAUGAACCCUUCACCUCAGACAUCGGACAGCGAAAGGGAAGGUGACGAAGACGAGGAAGAUUACUCGUAUUCCGUUUCGAUCAACGCGUCAACCUUUGCAGAGAGCGAUGACCUCUUCACGAAGAUCAACAAAAUGUCUACAGAUCUCGACGGCCUCAUUCGAUUUAUCAGACGAGGAGUUGAGACUUUAGCUGGAGGUAUGGGUGACGCUUCGACAACGUUCGGCAUUUUGGCUUUCUCGUUGGAAGAUUGGGAUUUGUGA